GCUGCUGUCUUCCUCCACUCACAAUUCCCCCAAACUCUACAAACCCUAGCAUUUCUGCUUAAUACGAAACCCCCUUCGUAAAGUGAAACCGCAUGAGAGAAAUCCCCAAUUUUUCAUCACCAUGAUGAACCCCACCAAAGCCCUAGCUAGAAUCCCGACGCCGUCGUUUUGCUGCAGAACGAGUAAAUUGGCUCGAAAUGUGAAUUGGGGUUUCCGAUUUCACCCCAAAUUUACUGUCUUUUUGCCGGCGAGAUCCACCCCCGAUCAUCGGACGGCGGUCUCUGCUUCAUCGGUACCGGCUGUAGCAUCAGAUGUUAGUUCUGCGGGCCUGUCUCAUAAUCCGAAGCAAGAGAUGCUGGAUAGUCUAGAAGCAAAUAUAGAGAAGAUUAUCUAUGGAUGCCGAUUUUUCGCCAUUCUUGCGGUUUGGGGUUCAUUGAUUGGAUCUUUUCUUGCUUCUUCAAGGGAUGUACAUACAUUGUAUCGUCGUUUAAAGAUUACUUUUUGGACAGAGGAAAAGUGAUGACAUUACUCGUUGAAGCUACUGAUGUCUACUUACUGGGGACUGUGAUGUUGGUAUUCGGCAUGGGCCUUUACGAGCUUUUCAUCAGUAAUCUCGAUAAAGCUAAAUCGUAUCCGGACGGAAGAACUCCCAACAGGUCGAAUUUGUUCGGUAUGUUUGUUCUCAAGGAACGGCCAAAAUGGUUGGAAAUAAAAACGGUGAAUGAACUGAAAACGAAGCUGGGGCAUGUGAUAGUGAUGCUUCUGCUAAUUGGUUUGUUCGACAAAAGCAAGAAAGCUGUCAUACAAUCGCCUGCCGAUCUUCUUUGCUUCUCUGCGUCCGUGCUCCUUUCGUCCGGUUGCCUCUUCUUGCUAUCAAAGCUAAAUCAUUGAAUAAAGAUGAAUUAUUAUUAUUUACUUUUUUUUUUCUUCUUUUUUUGGGUAAAUAGAAUUUAGUAUCUCAUUUCAAGAAACCUAAGCAGCUAUACCACCCACAUAUAGAAGCUGUAAACUGUAACUGAUUUAACUGGCAACUCUUUGAUUGUUAGUUUGAUCUUUUCUUCAUAAGAGAGUGAAUUAAUUACACAAAGUAUGCUUCA